GCUUACAACACAAGAAAAGAAAGGACAACUGACGAAUUAUUGGAGUAUCGAAUGAAGCAAAUAAAAGAAAUGGGAGAAGAUUUAAGAAACGCGCAGUUAGAAAAGGAUGAAAUUAGGCAAAAGUGGAAAGAAAUACAUGAUCGAAAGGCAAAAGUAAAGGAAACAUACCUUGUUGGUGACUUGGUGUUAGUAUACGAUUCAACGCAUGGUCAAGUGUAUGUAAAUGAGUUGGAUGAUAAUGAAUUGCGUGAUUCGAUAACAAGAAAUAGGGUAAAAAAACUAUUUACCUGGAAUGAAGGAUCUUUGGAACAAAAUAGUGAACAAGUGAGCGAAGAUGAAGUGGGUCUUGAGGACGAGGACCCAUGGGGGUCCAGCUCCUAUCGCAUAGUUUUUGGAGAACCCUUGUACUUAGACCGAAAUGGUAGAGCGAAAGAUGUAACGAACAUAACACGUGACGAUGGCAUUGACCGAAAUUAUGAUCGACGUGGUGAUGUUGGGUGGCAUUAUGAAGAUCGGGUAUGUGGGGAACCAUGA